AUGGACCAGGAGGGGAGGACGGACGGCGGUGCGACUUCUGCAGCCAAUCUUAUGGUACCCAGAGAACUAACAACACCAGACUGGAACGGAGCAGGCUAUGGCGACCAGGUGGAUACUUUUGACCGCGACAGCCGCAGAGGUGACACCUCUCCCCAGACCAACUGGUCGGACCCACACAAGCGGCAGAAGCACCGACAACCGAAGAAGCACCCGUGCCGCUUCUGUCCUUACUCACGCCCUUCCGCAACGGAUGUCGCCAUCCACGAGAGGACUCACACUGGCGAGAGACCCUUCAGUUGUGGUGCCUGCGAGAAAACAUUCACGAAGAAGGGUAACUUGACGGCUCACGUUAGAACUCACACCGGAGAGAAGCCGUUCAAGUGCAACACGUGCAGCAGGGCAUUUACUCAGAAAGGCAGUUUGGCGAACCAUGAGAGGACUCACACCGGAGAGAAGCCGUUCAAGUGCGAGACCUGCGGUAGAGCAUUUGCGUCUGAUAACGGUUUAUGCAAUCAUCGAAAGAUACAUCGCAAGUGAUCGAAACCCUCACGCGCAUCAUAGUUGUGAAAGGUGUUUAAACGAAAUACUCGAGCGCCGACAUGUGUUCAUAUCGUUUGGCGAUAGACCUGCAGGGGUUUUACUUGCGAGCAGUGUGUGUUUCGCAUGGUUCAAAAUGUUUCCUCCUCUUACUGAUCGCGUAAACACAGCUAAAAAAUGUGAAUUUACCUUAGAGUAAGCGACCAGAGUUCUUUUUUGUACACGAAAAAAAGAAAAUACUUGAAGCCUUGUGUUUCUUUAUUAAUUUAGAGUCAUUAAUCACGUGAUGCACCUGACGUCUCUGGGUUGUCUGUAGGGUCACUUACGUUCCUUUCAAGUCGGCCUCCUCAUGACCAUAAACAUACGAACUCAUAAAAUAACUAAGGUCUUUCAACAGCAGCAAUCUUGAAUAUUGCUAAUGUUAAGAAAGUAUAAGAGCAACCGAGUAAUGAGGAGGGGUCAGCAUAAUUUUUAGAUGAGAAAUAAAGCUAUAUUCGAAACUAUUUAACACGCCAAGCUGGAAACUAAUGCUUUGCUCAUAGGACUGCAAUGAAUAUACAUGACUCGAAGAUGUAGAAAUGCGGUGUAAUUUCCUAUCUCAUUUCGUAAUAUUCUUUGUCCUUUUCUUUUUGACCAG